AAGCCUCAACUAACAGCGAUACUACUGCCGGUCUCCAUGGUUCAAACUGGACAAUGCACUGCGCUCUCAUGCGGGAUCGUCCCACAGAAAGACGCCGAAGCAGUGCGACCGGUCUCGAUACACCGUCCCACGUCCUAUCAGCGCGGGGGAGCAGCAAGCGGAGAAGGAGGGUCUCGUGUAUCGCGUUAGACCUCCUACGCGCCACCUACGCUUGGCACCCGUUGCUACAUAUAUCAGACAUCCCUCCUCGGCACGAGUCCAUCCCCAUACCACUGCCAUGAUACUCUACGCUGUGCUGCUGUGUGUGGCUUUUUUGGCGUGGAAGACUCGACGCAGCGUGCGGUCGUCGCUGGAGAAGCUACCUGGACCUCCGGCGGCUUCGUUCUUCGCAGGCAAUGCGCUAGAACUGAUGGACAGACAUGGGUGGGGGUUUCACGAGCGACUCAUGCGCACAUACGGCUCAGUCACCAAGCUGCACUGGCUUUUCGGCGCCCCAGCCCUCUACGUCUACGACCCUUUGGCUUUGCAGCACAUUGUGAAAGACAUCUCAACCUACGAGGAGCCUUCUUGGUACAUACAGAGCAAUAGUAUAAUGCUCGGCCCCGGGAUUUUGUCCGUCGAAGGUGACACGCAUCGCAGGCAGCGGAAGAUGCUCACCCCGGUCUUUUCGGCCAAGCACCUACGCAGCGCUGUGCCCGUCUUCUACCAGGUCGUCGACAAGCUCGUAGACGCCAUCUCCGCCCGUGUGCCAGCAGGUCCCCAGGCGGCAGAAGUUGACGUCUUGAGCUGGAUGGGGCGCGCCGCGCUCGAGCUGAUCGGCCAAUCCGGGAUCGGGUGUUCGUUCGACCCUCUGACGGAGGACGUGCCAGAUGCCUAUACAGAGGCGGUCAAGAACUACGCACCGAUAGCGACCUCACCACAGGUGGUGAUGCUCCGGCAGAUGGUGCCCGUGCUUAGGCACGCUGGACCGGGCUGGCUCCGACGCUGGGUUGUUCAACGAUUUCCCCUUGCUGAUGUUCGGCGCCUUGCGGAGAUCUCGGACACGCUGCAUGAGCGCUCGCUCGAGAUAUUCCGCGCGAAGAAGGCGGUGAUUGAGGCUGGCGGAGACGCGGACGCGAUGGACAUCAUGAGCAUUCUGGUCCGGGCCAAUAUGAACGCGUCUGAGGAAGACAGGCUUCCUGAAGAUCAGCUCCUGGGCCAGAUGUCGUCGAUCAUCUUCGCAGCGAUGGACACGACCUCGAACUCCAUGGCUCGCAUUCUUCAUCUCUUGGCGGAACACCCGGAAGUCCAGGCCAAGCUUCGUCGGGAGGUUCUCGAAGCGAAGGCUCAUGGCCAAAUGGACUACGACCAGUUACAUGCACUGCCAUACCUGGAUGCGGUAUGCCGCGAGACGCUGCGGAUCGCUCCCGCAGGUGUACAGACGUUCCGCUCGGCGUCGAAAGAUACGGUUCUCCCACUCUCGCAGCCCGUCCGCGGAACAGACGGGACGCUCAUGUCCGAACUCACCAUCCCCAAGGGGACGAAUCUCUUCCUCGCCAUCUGGGCAUGCAACCGCACCGAGGAACUUUGGGGCCCCGACGCGCACGAGUGGAAACCAGAGCGGUGGCUGAAGCCCCUGCCCGCGGCUGUAGAGAGCGCGGCGAUCCCGGGGGUGUACUCGAACCUGAUGACGUUCUUGGGCGGCGGGCGGUCAUGCAUUGGUUUCACGUUUUCACAGCUAGAGAUGAAGGUCGUCGUCUCCGAGCUGAUUGCGAACUUCUCCUUCGAGUCCUCUGACACGCCCGUGGUGUGGAACCUCUCCGGGAUAACGUAUCCGUCGGUCAGCAAGGAGAGUACGAAGGCUGAGAUGUGGCUGCGGGUGCGCCGUCUUCGGGAGGACUAGGCUAGCGACUCGCGAGCUCGCCCGCUCGCAGUGCAUAUGCAAUGAAGUAAUCCCGUUUCACUAUCACCAUGGCAAAUGGGCGUUGGUGGUUCUCGAAACGCGU